AUUUGGUUACUAGUCUCGCUGUGAUGCUGCCUUUAUACUAUCUGUGCCGCUACAACCACUCGCUUUUCUCAGGACUAAAUAUGAGAAUGUCAGCAUGGAAACAGAGUAGAACAAUGUCAGAUAUUCAAUGUGAAUGCUGACCCAAAUAAGUGUUUUCCAUGCAUCUACAGUACAACCAUAAUGCAGUGUCCACAAGAAUUCUAUCAUGACUACCAGGCUAAGCUGCUUAUGAGAGGACCUUCAGAGACCUGUACAACCAAUCCCCCUCCCCUUGAUCCCCCACACUGUCUGGAGGAUAACCUGUUCCUCUCCUCUGCUCUACCUGUGUCCCACCCUUAAUCCCCCCUUAGACUUAAAAGAAAAUUCAGAGAGCUAGAGAUACACGAUGGCGGUCUUGAGAUUGAGGUUCACCAAGACCAAGAGAGACAAGCUGGCUCAGGUGCUGUGGAUUCUGAACUGGAUCUCAGUGGUGACAGGGGUCCUCCUGUUCAGCCUGGGGCUCUUCCUUAAGGUGGAGAUCAACAAGCGAGGAGAGCUAAUGGCUGAGAGGGACAUCCAGUAUGUGCCCAACAUGCUAAUCGCUGUGGGCCUAAUUGCCUGUGCCAUAAACUUCCUGGGUGGGAAGAUCUGCUAUGACUGCGUGGACACCACCAAGUUCUUGCGCUGGAAACUGAUCAUGCUGCCCUACAUAAUAUGUACCUUCUUCUUCACCUUCUGUGUGCUGGUGGGGGCUCUCAUGUGUUACAGCAUGCGUGGGGAGCUAGAGGAGUCUCUGAAUCUGGGGCUGGCAGAGGCCAUCAGGUUCUACAAGGACACAGACACACCAGGACGAUGCUUCCUGAAGCGAACUGUGGACAUGCUGCAUAUAGAGUUCCAAUGCUGUGGGAACAAUGGAUAUAAAGACUGGUUUCAAAUCCAGUGGAUCAGCAACCGUUACCUGGAUUUGUCCAAAAAAGAGGUGGCGGACCGAUUAAGAAGUAAUGUGGAGGGGAAGUACCUGAUGGACGGAGUGCCCUUCAGCUGCUGCAACAUCAACUCCCCUCGGCCCUGCAUCCAGCAGCAGAUCACCAACAACUCCGCUCACUUCAACUAUGAGCACCAGACGGAAGAGCUGAACCUGUGGAUGAAAGGGUGUCGCCAGGCGCUGCUGGAGUACUACACCCACAUCAUGCAGUCCAUUGGCCUCACAGUUCUCAUCACCUGGCUGUUUGAGCUGUCGGUGUUGACAGGGGUUCGUUACCUCCAGACCUCCCUGGAAAAUUUGCUGAGACAAGGCGACCUCAACUCUGAGUCUGAUGGCUGGCUGCUGGAAAACAGCUUUAUGGAAACUGCCCGCACCAACCUGAACAUCAUCAAGAGCCUAGGCAAAAGCAACCAGAUAGACACAGCCAACAAUGGAGAUCCCAACAUUAAUGUUCCCUCAACCUCCAAAGCACACUAUGGGCCGGACAAUGUGCCACCAAAGGAAAUACCUGAAGCCAGUUGACCUUUCUCAUGCCUCAGUAAGGGCCUUUUCCUCUUUACUUAAAAAGAGUUGUUACAUUACAUUUAUUGGUUGUUAUCCAUAAGAGUCAAGAAUUACAACUAAGAAAUACCUAUACAGAGGUGUUUGUGUGUGGAAACUAAAAUAUAUUGUUGUUGACUUUUUGCAACUAUUGAUGAUUUAUUAUUGUAUCACACAUUUUUUGUACAUCUGUCUUCUGUUUUCUGAUAUUUCAUUGCCUGUGUAUCGUGGUUUUGCAACGUGUGUAAAAAACCUUUUUGGACAGCUGUCAGUUGCAACACUGGAAUCAAAAUGAACGUGAAAUAUAUAAUUGUUUGAUGAAGACAAAUUAGUGAUGUGGGUUGUUGAAGUUGAAGACCACAUUUUUUGUCUGAUUUUACUUCAAAGUAUGAUAGAAAAUGCAGUCCAUUUUUUUUUAUUGCCAUAGCAAGAAUAUAAGAGAUAUAUAUAUUACAUUUCUAUAAAUGUAGGUGCAGGGAGCUUUGACUUGAAAUGUAGUUCUGGGUGAUGAAAUCAAUAGAAACAUUUUUGGAUCCUUGCUGUGCAUUUUACCAGACCUUAGCAAACAAAAUUGUACCAAUGUAAUAGAGUACACAUCACAUCAGCCAUUUUUAACAGUAAAGCCAUCACUACACUGACUCUUAUGUGCCUCAGCAAUGCCACCAUGGUCUUAU